ACAACUACACCCCUGAUAUCUUCAAUCGACAGAAAUGGCCAGGCGUGCAGGAUCGGUGUUUACUGUGUUAGUGAUAAUUUGGUUGAGCGAGUUGCCAGGGAUACAGAUGAGCGUAAACCUGAAGGAUCAGUUGAUUUUGAGUAGUACCACUGCGUCAAAUCCAAAUUACCCAUUAUCUGGGACCACAGACGGGAACUACGGUCCUCCUUCUUGGGGGAUAUGCAUGGGCUCCGAUCCUGACAACCCCGUAUUUUGGAGAGGGACGUUUACUGGUUUGGCAAGAAUACAGAGAAUAGAUAUUGUCUUUAGAGAUCCCGAUCGUGCCGAUGGAUACCAAUUUUGGAUAUCAAAUGUAACAGAUGUACCGUCUGGUAUCAAAUGCUAUGAGGAUGUGGACGAAGGUUAUCCAAAUAUCAUUCAAAACAUUACUUCUUGUAACAUAACUGGUAAAACACUGAUGAUAUACAUCACACGGCCACCUGGCAACAACGCAUUUAUGGACGUGUGCGAAGUGGAUGUAUAUGGCUGCUUUUCAAAUAAGUAUGGUGAUCAGUGUCAAAACAAUUGUAACUGUAAACACGGCUGUGAUCCUGACAACGGAGUGUGUGAUUCCCCAUAUUGUAACGCAGGCUGGAGUGGAUCAACAUUUUGUGACCAGCCUUGUUCACACGUUACAUUUGGAGAGAACUGUCUACAAAGAUGUCAUUGUAAGACGUCGGGAUGUAACCGUCAGAACGGGAUCUGCCUUAUACCGGGCUGUCAGGCUGGUUACUCCGGUGCAAGUUGCAGCCAGGAAUGCGUUGUUCCUUAUUUUGGAAAUAACUGUGCCUCACAGUGUAGAUGUAGAACGCAUGGCUGUAAUCAUAUUGAUGGGACAUGUACAGUACCCGGAUGUCAGACUGGGUGGAUAGGGCCAUCAUGCUCAACACGUAAGUACACAUUACUUAGACGAAUUACUUGUAUUAUCGAUAUUAGAUAUCUGACAGGCGCAGCCAAUAAUAAUAAACACUCCUUGGCGUAUUACGCUAGACACAUAAGAAAAAUAUCACAGAGGGGAAUGGCAAUGACAAACACUUACCAGAUUCCUUAA